AUGGAGUUACUAGUAGCAGUAGAUGUUCAAGAACUAUUGAUAUGCUAUCAGACUGCCACUGGCACAUUGCCAUUUGAGGACCUAUAUGGAAAGAGUUGUAAGUCUCCAGUGUGCCAGGGUGAGGUUGGUGAGAGGAAGUUGCUAGGACCUGAGCUACUGCAGACCACGAAUGAGGCAAUACAGAAGAUCAUAGCUCUUAUGCAACCAGCUCAGAGCAGACAACAAAUCUAUGUCGAAGUAAGACAUAAGGACCUGGAAUUUGAGAUUGAUGAUAAAGUGUUCUUAAGGGUGGCACGUAUUAUGAGGUAUGUGACAGAUCCAUCCCAUGUAGUUGACUUUGAUCCAUUGCAGUUGAAUGACAACUUGAGCUACGAGGAGAAGCCUGUAGAAUUUCUCGCCAGAGAGGUAAAGACGUUGCAACGCAGGGAGAUUGCGCUUGUGAAAGUCCUGUGGAAGAAUCACCUAUUCAAGGAGGCCACUUAG